AUGAGGACCCAAAUGCAGAGGGAGGCAGACAGGCAGGAGAUGGUGGUGCGUGUGGAUCUGAUGGAAGAGGAGCAUGUGUGCAGUUCAGCCUCUAAACGUGGAAGGUAUAAGGACGAAGAGAGGGAUACAUCCAUGUCAGUCCUGGAUAUUGGUUGGCCAACUGGCUUCACUGUUAACACAGCUGACCUGGACUUAUUGUCUAAAGGACGAGCCCGCAUAUUUCCAAAAUAUGAGAUGAACACAGUCCUGUCAGAAAGAGGCUCACUCAUCAUCUACCUGGACAAGGUUUCUCACACACAACCAGAGGAGAUUGCUUUUAGGAUCCAUCAGGAGCUGAAAGUGGGAGUCUUACAACCAGCUGCUGUGUCUAUCUAUGAAUACUAUGACCAAAUACAUUGUGUCAAAUUCUACCAUCCAGAGAGGAAAGAUGGAAAGCUACAGCGUCUCUGUACAAGUGAUGCAUGCAGAUGUGCAGAAGAGAACUGCAGUAUGCAGAACAAGGAGAAAAUCACCAAUGAUGAGCGAACAACUAAGAUCUGUGAGAGUAUACGGACCAGCAUAAUAGAUUAUGCGUACAAAGUGAGACUGGAAGGUUUUGAAGAACAUUUGUCCACUGACAUUUACAAAACGAAGGUACUGCAAGUCAUCAAAGAAGGAAGUACUGAUGUGGGUCCUCUGAAUAAACAGCGCACAUUCCUCCGUUAUCCCUACUGCAGAGAGUCUUUAGUGCUGGAGACGGGCAAAACCUACCUUAUCAUGGGCUCGUCCAAAGAUAUUCACAGAGAUGACCAUCAAUCGUAUCAGUAUUUGCUUGUGGAGAGAACCUGGAUCGAGUACUGGCCUACUGAGUGUCAAACUGAGGAACACAGAAUCACCUGUUCAGGCAUAGAGGAGAUGGUUAAAAAGUACGAGCUCCGUGGGUGUUCGCUGUAG